AUGUGUCAUUUUCAGUGGUGUGUUGUUCCUGGUGGGCUGCAAGUUCAUCCAGAUGGUGAACACAUAGUGUAUCCCCUUGGAUGCAAAGUUGUGAUACAGAACUGGAAAACAAAAGUUCAAACAUUUCUGACAGGCCAUACUAAUGUUAUAUGUGCUGUAUCAAUUUCUAAAGAAGGGAAAUAUGUUGCCUCAGCACAAGUAAAUCACAUGGGGCACAAGGCAACUGUUAUGUUGUGGGAAUUUGACACCCUGAAACUUGUUACCAAACAUGAAAUUCAUAAAGUUCGUGUAGAAUCUGUUAUAUUUUCAUGUGACAGCCAUUACCUUGUGUCAUUGGGAGGACGUGAUGAUGGUAAUGUUGUGGUGUGGGACAUCAAGGAAAGUGAGGCACUAUGUGGCUGUCCAGCAAGUCACGGAGUAGCUGGUGAUGCAGUUCUUCUUUGCCCAACCAGUAGGCAUCCACUCAACUUUAUAAGUGGUGGGGAUGUAACAUUAAAACUAUGGAAAAUGGAACCUGAGAAGAGGCAUGUUAGCUAUGUUGACAUCAAGAUUGGUACACUAAAGAGGCAUGUGAUCUGCAGUGUGGUGGAUGCUGAGGAUGAAUAUGCAUAUUGCGGAACAACAUCAGGAGAUAUACUGAAAAUUCGAUUAAAUUAUGGGUCAGGUUCAGCUGCUGGAGUUAAUCCUGUACUUGAAGGCUGUUACGCAAAAAUUCCAAAGAAAAAAUUAGCAGAAGGAGCUGAGCCGUCAGAACGGUACAGCAAAGGUGUUACAGCCUUGACAUUACUCACUGAAAAAUGCACCACAAAGGUUGUUGUUGCUGCAGGGGAUGGAACUGUAGAAUUAGUGAAGGAAAGAAGCAGUCCUGUGAGUCUAAAGAAAAGUGCAUUACGGCUGCCUACAACACCGAAGCUUGUUGCACUAAAAAGUGCAAAACUGGAUUCUGGUGCUACAUCUGUCAAGAUUAUGAGGGAUGAAAUCAUAGCUGGGACAGACCAGUGUGAAAUAUACACUAUAAAUAUUGCAACAUUUAAUGUUUCACUUCACAUCACAUGCCACACAGAUGCCAUAUAUGACCUUACAUUUCCAUACAAGUGCUCAGAGUAUUAUGCAACAAGUAGUAAAAAUGACAUCAGGGUAUGGGAUGCCAAAGCAUUAAAGGAGCUGCUCAGGAUAACAGUACUUAAUCUGACAUGUGCCAGCAUUGUUUUUACAUGUGAUGGAAAGAGCAUUAUUAGUGGUUGGAAUGAUGGUGUCAUAAGAGGAUUCACUCGAAGGACAGGAAAACUGCAGUUUGACAUACCAUAUGCCCACAAUUUGGGUGUGACAGCUCUGGCAAUCACUGUGUGUGGCUCUAGACUUAUCAGUGGAGAUGGGGAAGGAUUAAUACGAAUAUGGGAAAUGAAACCAAAUUACCAGAAAAGUCUUGCUAGUUUGACUGGACACAGUGAUGCCGUUUCCUCCAUAUGUAUAUCAAACUCUGGGACAGAGGCUGUAAGUGCCUGCACUGAUGGAACAUGCAUUAUAUGGGACAUUGUGCAUCUUCACCACAAACAAUUUUUUUCAGCAAAUGCUCCAUUCUUAUGUGCACGUUAUAUUCCAAGUGAUGUUCAGAUCAUCACAGCUGGUGCUGACCAUAAGAUUCGCUAUCUGGAAGUUUUUGAUGGCUCGUAUAUACGCGAACUUGAAGGAUCUUCAGCUGCUGGGAUGACAUCUGUUGAUGUUUCUCCUGAUGGCAACUACAUUGUCACAGGUAGCUGUGACAUGUAUGUCAAGGUCUGGAGAUACAAAGAGGGAAACACGACCCAUAUUGGGACAGGUCAUGCAGCAGUUAUUACUGCAGUUCGAUUUUCACCUGAUGGUACAUAUAUUGUGAGUGUGAGUGCAGAUGGUGCCAUAUUUCAAUGGAAGUGCCCUUAUGAGUGUUCAGCCAAAGAAAUUAAACCAGAAAGCGUCCAAAGUGCCUCAAGAUUGUCAAAGAAGUCCCAUGUUUCAGCAGGAGCCGACCAGGAAAAUGAAAAUCAGCAAAAGGUGGAACAAACUGAGGAAAACACAAGGAAGCAGGAAACACUUUCUGCUGAUGCCAACAAAUUAAUCAGAAACAUGACUCCUGGGGGAGAUACAAAAAGUGAUGAUUACUGUGCUUGUCUUGAAACACUUGGUUAUAAAGCUGCUCCCAAAAAAGCAGGCAGCUUAAAGAACCUGAGGACUGAUUCACAAGAACGAUGUGCAUGUAAAAAACCAGUUGUACAAAGAUGUAGGUGGUAAUAUCAUAAUGGAUCCACCUUAUAAAUUUCCA